AUGGUGGCCGCGUCGAACCUCCCCGCACCGCUAACGGACGGGGAACUUAUCCAGAGCGCCUCGCUGAGCGAUGUGCCGGAUGCAGAGUCCCUGGCUGCCUGGCUCCUGGACAAAGGCUUGGACACGGCAGACUGGGGCAAAGACAACACCAAGGGCGUCAGCAAAUUCUGGAAGGAGAUCAAGCUGAACGAAGCUGCAUUGGAGCUCUGGCGGGCAGCUGAUGGCAGUCUGAUUCCUGUGCGAACUACCCAUGUUCUUCGGGCGAAGGUAACCUCGCCGGACAGAUAUGAGCGAGGCAUUUUCCUUUUCAACACAUGGCAGCAGUACGGAGAUGGCCGCACCCGAACGCGGAAUGGUCUCCUGUCAGAGAAAUUGACGACUGACGAAAUGCCCUUGGAAGAAAAUCUUCACGAGGUGUGCCGGCGGGCUGUUACCGAGGAAGAGAUGCAGCGGGUGGUGGAGUCGACCAUGAAGAUUGGGUUGGGAAGACCCGCGCCGGAGUACGACCCAAACUACACCUGCCCCCUCGAGGUGGUCAACGAACACUUCGUGGACCACAUCAUCGAGCUAGAGAAGUCCAAAAGCUAUCCAGGACUGCUGACCAUGUACCAUCUCUACACGGUGGACAUCGUAUGUACGGGUUUGCCAUUGACGGAUCUGAACACGCUGGAGUUCGAGCAUCCGGACAAGGAUGGCAAGCGAAAGCUCAAGUACAUCCACGCCUGGGUGUGGCUCGAGUGGCUGCAGAUUCAGCGGUAUCUCUUCGAGGGCAGCGAGCUCAAAGAGACAAAGCGCAAAGGCCGUCGCCUCUCCUGGUUGCUACUAUCGGAUUCAGGUAGCACUUGGCGCUGGUUGUUUGGAUUUCAGAAAUUUCAGCUGUUUCGAGUCCUGGUCACUGUGUUGAAAGCAGUCGCCAAGUUCCAAGGUCUAAUCUUGCUGUGGUGGGCAAGGGAGCAGGGCAAGGAAAAGUGGGGCAAAGGAACCCUCAAGUCCGUAGAGGCCUUGUUCAAGGAGAUCGAGAAUGAGGACUCCCUUCUCGAGCUAUGGGGCCGACACGACGGAGUGCCGAUGCUCAUGCGCGUGACCCACGUCUUGCAGCUGCGCGUGACCUCCCCGGAGCCGAGCCUCAAGGGCAAGUUCCUUUUCUCCACAUGGGCGGAGCUCUUGAACGGCAAGCGGCGGGUGACCCACACCCUCCCAGCGAUGAAGCUGACGUUGAAGGACAUGCCUUACGACGAGGAGAAGUUUCGAGCCUCCGCGGCUGCCUUGGCGACCGGGUUCGCGAUCAAGUACUUUCUCUUUGUGACUGAGCAGCUGAACCAUGUCGUGGACAUCCACUACCGGUCCUUGCGGGACUCGGAGCCCUCCGGUGUGCAGCUCCACGAAGUCCGCGGCUCUGGCAGCAUCUCAGAAGACUUCGUCGAGCAGCGGCACGACGUCGAAGAAUCUCCGUCCUAUAGGCCAGGGAUCUUCCCUCAAGAGCUCAUACAGCUCCUGAGCCUGUCAUCAUAUUCCGCUGGGGUCUUUGAUUUAGCCACGUCUUGCCGGACGGUUGUAGGAACUGAGAGCUUGGAGUUCAGGGUUCGGGGAUUAGCAUGA